UCCAUGGAAACCUCAAAGCAAGGUAACCCGGAAGGCCAGUCAGUAGUCAGCAGGAUGCAGAAAAAAUACUGGAAAACAAAACAAGUUUUAAUAAAGGUUACAGGAAAGAAAGAAGAUGAACAUGUGGUAGCAUCUGACGCAGAAUUAGAUGCCAAAAUAGAGGUUUUUCACAGCAUUCAGGUGACCUGUACAGAUCUUCUGAAGACGAUUGAAAAAUACCAGCAGAGACUUAAUGAUCUAUGUGAGCAGGAAAACGAACUAGGGCUUUUUUUAAAGUUGCAAGCAGAUCGGGGUGAAGCUCAAAUUGACAAGAUGACUGAUGCCACUGGCCUGGCCCUUUGUUCUUCUUCCCAACAAAGGCUAGCUCUUUGCACUGCUUUGUCUCGCCUCGGACAAGAACUUGCAACCUUUAGUCGGAGGGCUGUGUCAGAUACCUUGCUUACAAUCAAUCGAAUGGAGCAGGCACGCACAGAGUAUAGAGGGGCCUUGCUGUGGAUGAAGGAUGCUUCGCAAGAACUGGACCCAGACACUUGCAAACAAAUGGAAACAUUCAGAAAAGUGCAGAUGCAGGUAAGAAAUACCAAAGCACAGUUUGAUAAGCUGAAGAUGGAUGUUUGUCAGAAGGUGGAUCUUCUUGGAGCCAGCCGCUGUAAUAUGCUGUCACACUGUCUUGCUGUCUACCAGAUGACCUUUUUGCAUUUCUGUGAAAAGACUGUUCAAAAGAUGAAUGAAAUUAAUGAAGGCUUUGCGCAUCUCCACUCGUAUCAUCAGAAUGCAUGUGAGCAAUUGCAGAAGCUUAUUAACCAAUCUACUGAGGAAGAGAAGGAGAAUGCUGAAGGAGAGACUACCCCUGAAAUGCUUGAUAAGCUGAUUUUACUGGAUGAAGAUGCCUCUGAAAUUCUGUCAGACUCAGGCUGCAAUCCUAUACCCACUUACGUGGACCCAACAGAUUCUUUGGAAGAAGAUUUUGAGAGAGUUUUUUCUUUCCUGGAGAAUUUAUCAAGCCCCAGUUCUUCAAGCAGAGGAAAUAUUAUACAAGAAUGCCAAACUGCAGCUGAUAGUCCCUUCAUGGAUCUCCCUGUUCAGGAACCUGCAACAGAGGCAAAAUCCCUAGCUCACUCAUCUGGAUUUCUGCCUUCACAACUCCUCGAUUUUGGCCUUCAUACUGCUGCGGGAUUCAAUAGCUGGAUCACACAGUCAGAAUUUCUAGAUCCUUUUUCAAAACCACAGCCGGAGAAUCGGCAAGGACCUUCAUGUACCUCACCAAAGAUGCCACAAAAGUCCGUGGAGAAGACUAGUAGCCAAGACAUGUCAGCCUGGUUUAGUGCCUUUGCAGACCUGGAUCCUCUUUCAAAUCCAGACGCUGUUGGACGCUCAGAUGACGAUCUCCUUACUGCAUGAUUAAGUAUAACCCAGAACAUAAAACUACUUUGGUACGAAACUACC